GAGAUAUUAGGAUUUCAUGAUAAGUUCAAAGAUCAACAUAUUGUCAUUGAUAAUCUCAAAAGUCUUCUUGAAGCUUCAAAGUCCAAAGUAUCUGAUACUGGAAAAGGGUCUCCACAGCCGUUUACCAGAGCUCCUAUUGACUCUCAUCAAGCUCAUCCCUCUGCAAUUGAACCUCCCCAUGACGUAGAGCAACACAAUGAACCUCCCAAAGUAUCUAAACCUCCCAAUGCAGUGUUGGAUGUUACUGAUGGUGAAAUAAUUGUGGAUGUUGAUGACACCACCAAUGUUGGUUGGACGCAGGUAAUGAUUGAGGCUUUUGAACUCUAUGAUCCAAAACCGCAAGUCUUGCCUACUGUUAAUCUGGCAUCUUCUUUACCACCUCAAGCCCAGUCAGAUACUCCCUUAAACAUCCAGGUUUCCCCUUCUAAGACUAGUGCAAAUAUUUUCUUUGAUGCUAUACAAGAACCAGGCAGACCGAAACGCAAAGUGCGUUCCCCAAUACGUUACACUCCAGGUUCUGAUGCUCUUUGCAAAGCUAAGAAGAAGGAACGUUCUGUCCAAGCUAUUUGUCCAUUCAGCCAUGAUCCGUUUGCUGAGUUCAAAUCUGAGUCUGAAAGAAUUAAUUUCUGUAAUGAAAUUAUGGAAGGAGUUAUUAGAGAUCACCGGUCUUUAUGUACAGUGACUAAGUACACACCAGAAAUUGAUGAAAAUUUUCAUCUGGAUUUGGAUUGUGGAUUGGAAGUAGAGAGAAAAUCAUGGCUCUAUCGGC